AUGACGGUGCCACCGGCGGAGUUGAGGGAGCAGCCACUGCGCUGUGCUUUGCCUUGGGUUGGACUCUCCGUGGGGGCCCUGCAGUGGCGCGUAGUUUCAAGUUGCUGCGGAGGGCCUUUGCACAACGCCGUGAUUCAUGAUGCUGAGUCCUGCGAGGCCCUAUUGCUUCGCCAACAAGCAGAUCCAAGCUUGCAAAGCAAGGAUCAUGCACGCAACACUCCUCUGCAUUUGGCAGCUGUUCAUGGAGAUGAGGUUUUUGCUUCUCUGUUGCUUGCUCAUGGUGCAGAUCCGCUGUCGCGCAAUGCAUAUGGUUCGUCUCCAUUCACCUUAGCAUCUUCCGGUGGGGUGGUAUCUCUUUGCCUUGAAGACAGUUUCGAUCGCAUCGCUGCCCUUCUGCAGCGUCACCUAUCAAUUCUGGUGGCGUUCAAGCAUUUCAAGCAGUCUCGAUCAUUUUCGACCUGGAGCCAUGCCCAACCUGGUCAAGUUUGUGGAGGAGAGCCUGGAUGUUGGAGUGGCAUGGCUUAUGCGCCACCUUGCGCAGAUUUGAAGUCCGAGAAGGCGGCUGCAUCUCAGGUCGCCAACCAGGCCGAGCUGAUGGAGGAAGCAUUUGAAGCAAGGGCAAUGAAGAAACCAGCCGCUAAGGUUGCUGGGAACAAUAAUGUGGCAUCUCAAAGGAAUGAAUUUACAGAGCUGAUCGCGAAACACCGCCCUGGUAGACAAACUGGCUUUUUGGAAGCGGAGCCGUCCGAAGAGGGUUUUCCGGAAGGCGAAGACGAUCAGAAUGCGCAGGAGGAGGACCCCGAGGCAGAGGCCGAGAAGUUUUGGCUUCGGAUCGAGCCUUUACCCCCACGUUUUGGGUACAUCCAAAUCAAAAAGCUCACCCGCGAUCUCCUGGGAACUGAUCGCGACCUGGUGACGGGCGAGUCCAACAAUGACAAGCGCUAUGCCUUGAUUUGCAUGCGUUCUAGAGAGGUGGCUGAAGCGCUCCUGGGUAAGGUCCGUGGCCACCAACCCGUGCCCGGGGCUGCUCCGUUGGAAGCAGAAAUGUAUUCCGACGCGGAACGUGAAAACCGCUUUGGUGCCUUGCAAGCGCAGCACAGGACACUUCAGAGCAGUGUCUCUCUGGCAGAACGGCGGCCAGAGGGUCAAGGAGGCUCUCGACGUUUUGUCCUGGUACGUCGCUUGUCUGCGGAUGCCAAGAGCUUCGCCUGGUUUCGACGUUUUCAGACCUCCACAGGGAUGAAGAAGGGGCAGGUCUGGGGUCACCGCGGUGGACCUCGCUGGGCAGCACUGGAGUGUUACAGUGAAGAGGACGCUCAGCGUCUUGCUAAAGAACUUGACGGCUUCAAGGCGCCUGAUGCCAGCGAAGCAAUGUUGGUGGAAGUGGUGUCCCGCAACGCGAUCGAGGAUGAGGAACGCUAUGUGCGGCAGAAAUACGAGGGCGGCCGAAGACCCGAGCGCGGCCACGACGCUCGCGAUGGCCGGAGGCGGAGUGCUGUGCUGGGCAUUUAA